AUGGCGAAACUUCAGGAACAAGAGUUCUGGGCGGACGCGGAUAAGCAUCUCAUGUCUACUGGAGUGCCCUAUUCGCCAUCCAUCAUCACUAAAGCUAUUGGAUGUCGGCUGUACGAUCAAAAUGACCGCGAGAUUCUCGACUUUACCUCUGGCCAAAUGAGCUCGCUCCUCGGCCAUUCACACCCUGAAAUCGUUCAAGUUGUGCAAAAGAAUGUGGCCGAGCUUGAUCAUCUGCUCAGCAACAUGAUUACCCAGCCAGUCGUGAGUCUUGCGAAGCGGUUGGCACGGUUCCUACCUGCCCCGCUAGAGAAGUCGUUCUUUUUGAACACUGGCUCAGAGACGACAGAGGCUGCUCUGAAAAUGGCCAAAGUCUUUACGGGCAAAUUCGAAAUCAUUGCCUUUUCUGCCAGCUAUCACGGCCUCACUCAAGGCUCUGGAUCGGCCACCUACUCGGCAGGCCGCAAGAACGGCGGACCGCCUACUCCAGGCAUGCUUGCCUUCCCGGCACCUUAUGCAUACCGAUCGCCCUUUCGAAAGUCCGACGGCUCUUAUGACUGGGAGACGGAGCUCGAGUUUGGCUGGUCCAUGAUUGAUCGCCAAAGCGUUGGCUCCUUGGCCGCCUUCAUCAUGGAACCCAUCCUAUCCACCGGCGGCAUCCUCGUCCCACCCAAGGGCUACCUGAAGCGCAUGUACGACGAGUGCAAGAAACGAGACAUGCUCGUCAUCAUGGACGAGGCGCAGACGGGCGUCGGCCGCACUGGCAAGAUGUUUGCCUUUGAGGACGACGACAUUGUCCCCGACAUUCUGUGCCUGUCCAAGACCCUCGGCUGCGGUCUCCCGCUGGGCUCCGUCAGCACCACGGCCGAGAUUGCGCGCGGGCUGGCGCAGUCCAAGUUCCUCUGGCUCACCACACACCUCAACGACCCCUUGACCGCGGCCGUCGGCGACAAGGUGCUCGAGAUUGUCGAGCGCGACAAUAUUGCCCAGCGCGCCGCCGAGCGGGGCGAGCAGCUGCAUCGGGGCUUGCUAAGGCUGCAGGAAAAGUACUGGUGCAUUGGCGACGUUCGUGGACGUGGCCUCUUUCAAGCCAUUGAGAUUAUUUCGGAUGCCGAGACAAGAGCACCCGGGCCCGACCUUGGCCAGCUGGUCUCUGACAAGGCUCUUGCUCUGGGUAUCUCGUGCAACGUUGUCAAUCUCCCUGGCAUGGGCGGUGUCUUUCGACUUGCGCCUCCCGUCACGGUCACGGAGGAGGAGAUUGAAGAGGGCUUGAAGAUCUUGGACAGGGCUUUCGACGAAAUUCUAGCUACCCGGGGCGGGGUCGUGCCAUGA